AUGCUCAAACAACACCUCACUAAGAUCAUCAUUCCGAUUGCUGGUUAUGGCACACGAAUGUUUCCUGCUUCCAAAGUCAUUCCGAAGGCUCUCUUCCCUGUUCUAGAUCCAAAGGAUAAUUUAUGUAAACCCAUCUUGUUGAUUAUUAUUGAACAUGCCGUUGAAGCUUUACUUUCCGAACAACCAGAUAUUUCUAUGAAGGAUAUUCAAAUUUGUAUUAUUUUGCAGGAAAAUCAAAAACCACUGAUUGAGGAAUUCUUUUUUGCACCAUGCCCAUUCUCGAUGGAAAACAAGCCACAAGAAUUAAAAGAUUCAUGGAAUAGUAUUCAAAAUAUUGCCAAACAAUUAAGAUUUAUUAUACAAAAGGAACAAUUAGGCUUUGGCCAUGCAGUAUUAUGCUGUGAAGAAAGUUUUAUUACGGAACCGAACGAGGCUUUUUUGGUGCUAUUGGGAGAUCACAUUUAUACGUCAAGGACGAAGAGUGGAACGUCUUGUUUACAAUACAUGAUCCGAGCUUUUAAAAAGUAUCAAAAAGGAGUGGUCUCUCUAGCCACCAUAUCAGAAAAGGACACAUUUGCGAAUGGAGUGCUAAAAAUUGGUGACAUUUUAGAGAGCGAAAAUCAUGGAGAAGCAAUAUACACUUCGCUAUUGACAACCAUUGAAAAACCAACAUCAGAACAAUCUGAAAGACAUCAAUUGUAUUUGACUGAAAAAGAAAUGCAACAAUUUAACAUUACAAAAACUAUUGCAGAUAAGCAUGAGCUCAUUUGUUAUUUUGGAAUUGAUAUUUUGACAAGCGACGUUUUCAAGAAUUUGAAAGACAAUUGGAAGAAUGGUCUAUUGCACAAUGGUGAAGUCAAUUUAAGGGAUGCCAUGAGACCAAUUAUUGAGAGCGGAAAUAUGAUAGGAGUCUACGUUAAAGACACCUCACGACACGAUACUGGCAUGCCUUUUGAAUAUUGGCAGUCACUUCAACAUUAUUACAACGGUGGAGCGUAA